AAAACGGAGGCAGCGCUUUUUUCUAAAAAUAAAUAAAUAAAUAAAUAAACAACCAACAACAACAACCCCCCCCCCCCCGCACCUUCUGUGCAAAUUCCUACAGUCUUUUAUCCUGUCGCUGAGUCUGAGGGCCCCCUCGUACUCGUCAGCUCCAUCUCGCGGAGGAAAACGCUACCUGCACCCUCAGCUCCGCCCAAGGGCCGCGAUCUCUACAGGGGAGAUGAAAAGCCGGCGACACUACACAGGCGGGGACCCUCCAACGAGUGUUCCUUUCCUGUGGGUUAAGAGUAGGAGCGUCUCGGCAAAAGCUGGGAGCUUUCAGUUGCCAGGACCCUUGGGAAAGCACAUAUUUAGAUUUCAUUGAUAAAUUCAACUGAAUCCGGAGAAAAAUUAUACUCCAUUCACUGGCAUAUUUAGAACGGAAUUCCCAUUGACCCGAGGCUCCCAGUUGAACCCUUCAAGGGAGCCAAGCGAGGACGUUCUCGGAACAGCAGCGCACCAUGUACAUUGUGGGAGCCCCGCGCGAUCCCCCGCAGAGCGUCCUGUAGGAACGUCACAGAGCCCAGAGAGCGUCCUGUAGGAACGUCACAGAGCCCAGAGAGCGUCCUGUAGGAACGUCACAGAGCCCAGAGAGCGUCCUGUAGGAACGUCACAGAGCCCAGAGAGCGUCCUGUAGGAACGUCACAGAGCCCAGGGAACGCCUGGGGACGGUCGGGGAGACAGUUCGGGGAGGAGAUGAUUAAGUUCCCUCGGAGAGGACGCCGCGGGCCGACUGGAGUCGUUUUCGUGCUCUCCGCGCCCGCCCGCCCCGGGUAGCAUCUUCUCAGCGCCCCGGCGCCCAGGAAACCCAGUCCUCCUCCUAAGCAACCUGCGGCGCGGGGACGCCCGCCUUUUGCUAUUAUUAUAAACGUGCGUGCGACUAAACCUUCGGAUUUUAGACUUUCUUCUCGCUUCCUCUGACCUGGGCUGAGGGAGCCCCCGAGGCUACUGCGGGGCGGGGCCGGGGCUGGGGCGGGGUGGGGCGUCCUCGCCGCCUCAGGCAGCGCCCCGGCCGCGGGCGGGAGGCGGCAGCGGCGCGGGCCGAGCGGCGCGGGGAUUGGCCGCGGCGGGCGGAGACGUCAGGCUCCCGCGGCCCAAGCGGCCGCCCGGCGCGGCGCGGCGCAGUCGGCUCGAGUACUCCCCGUAACAAGGAGGUGUUCUCGGCCGUCCCACCCUCCACUGCCGUCUCCGGGCUGCGCCGCCGGAGCCGGGACGCGCCUCCGCAGCCCUCGCCGCCUCCAUCCCCGCGGCCGCAGUUCCUCUCGCCGUCCGCGCGCACACCAUGACGAAGAACGAGAAGAAGUCCCUCAACCAGAGCCUGGCCGAGUGGAAGCUCUUCAUCUACAACCCGACCACCGGAGAAUUCCUGGGGCGCACCGCCAAGAGCUGGGGAUCGCAGUAUGUGGUAGGGAAGUGAUGCUGUCUGAAGGUGACAUCCUGUUCUCCUCUCUUCUGUCCUCUCGAUCCUUAUUUUGGCCACCUGGUUUGAUCUUGCUCUUCUACCUAGUUUUUUAUGGGUUCCUGGCUGCACUCUUCUCAUUCACGAUGUGGGUUAUGCUUCAGACUCUCAACGAUGAGGUUCCAAAAUACCGUGACCAGAUUCCUAGCCCAGGACUUAUGGUUUUUCCAAAACCAGUGACUGCAUUGGAAUAUACAUUCAGUAGGUCUGAUCCAACUUCGUAUGCAGGGUACAUUGAAGACCUUAAGAAGUUUCUAAAACCAUAUACUUUAGAAGAACAGAAGAACCUCACAGUCUGUCCUGAUGGAGCACUUUUUGAACAGAAGGGUCCAGUUUAUGUUGCAUGUCAGUUUCCUGUUUCAUUACUUCAAGCAUGCAGUGGUAUGAAUGAUCCUGAUUUUGGCUAUUCUCAAGGAAACCCUUGUAUUCUUGUGAAAAUGAACAGAAUAAUUGGAUUAAAGCCUGAAGGAGUGCCAAGGAUAGAUUGUGUUUCGAAGAAUGAAGAUAUACCAAAUGUAGCAGUUUAUCCUCAUAAUGGAAUGAUAGACUUAAAAUAUUUCCCAUAUUAUGGGAAAAAACUGCAUGUUGGGUAUCUACAGCCAUUGGUUGCUGUUCAGGUCAGCUUUGCUCCUAACAAUACUGGGAAAGAAGUAACAAUUGAGUGCAAGAUUGAUGGAUCAGCCAACCUAAAAAGUCAGGAUGAUCGUGACAAGUUUUUGGGACGAGUUAUGUUCAAAAUCACAGCACGUGCAUAGUAUGAGUAGGAUAUCUCCACAGAGUAAAUGUUGUGUUGUCUGUCUUCAUUUUGUAACAGCUGGACCUUCCAUUCUAGAAUUAUGAGACCACCUUGGAGAAAGGUGUGUGGUACAUGACACUGGGUUACAUCAUAACGUGCUUCCAGAUCAUAGUGUUCAGUGUCCUCUGAAGUAACUGCCUGUUGCCUCUGCUGCCCUUUGAACCAGUGUACAGUCGCCAGAUAGGGACCGGUGAACACCUGAUUCCAAAUAUGUAGGAUGGGGGUCUUGUCCUCUUUUUAUGUGGUUUAAUUGCCAAGUGUCCAAAGCUUAAUAUGCCGUGCUAUGUAAAUAUUUUAUGGAUAUAACAACUGUCAUAUUUUGAUGUCAACAGAGUUUUAGGGAUAAAAUGGUACCCGGCCAACAUCAAGUGACUUUAUAGCUGCAAGAAAUGUGGUAUGUGGAGAAGUUCUGUAUGUGAGGAAAGAAAAAAAGAAAAUAAAAGUGUAUUUGAAAAA